AUGCGCACCUUUGAUCCAGAGCGAGACCAUUUUGUCUCCUUUGCUCGUAUCCUCUACCUAGCAGGACAAACAAUCGUCAGCGGUCUCUUGAGCUGUGCGCUCGAACGUGGCAUCGACUUCUUUCUAUCACUUGGAGUGUCUGGACCUGAGGUCGUCGAGCUCUGGGUACCCGUACCAAAGGCACGCUCUCUCUUGCCACAACUCUUCCGUAAAGUUCCCUCUGCGUUGGCAGCGCUACUGGAAGAGAAGCUAGAUAAAUGCUUCACUCUGCAUGAUGCAACUCGCUCCUCGUUGAUGCAUAACUGGGCGUUGCGCACUCUACCGAGAGAAGACUAUUCAACUAGGCUGCUGCAAGCUGCCAUGUUUUCAUGCAGUGAUGUCGAGCGCAUCAUUAACAAGAGCGACUGGAUACGCACGAGUGUAACGACGUCAAUGAAGUCUGCCGAAGGUGUGUCACAGAGCUCUGUAGAUCGAGAUAUGAUAUUAUGGAGUGCCUCUGCAGUCGAGAAUCUGCAACACGGCUCCGUGCCCGAUGACCAACACUGGCGAGGCAUCUUGAAGCAUCUGGAUGGAUUUCUUGAGGGUAAGGCCUGCCAGCAAUCAAGCAAGGAAGUGGCCCUGGUGGAAACAUGCGAGCGUAUGCUUCAUCACUUUAGCACCUCACCUACAGCGUUGCUACGUCGGAUCCCUCCCACGCAACAGGAUCCAAAGAUCAAGGUGAAACACGCUGCCACGCAAACUUGUCAGCUACUGGCACCUGGGACACACAGUAUCUCCACGCAGUGCGAUAUAUUGGUGGAGCGUCCUGAGAUGGACAUCUCACCGCGGAUCAGCCUGAUGUCUACGCUUUUUUCCAUUCCUCUUCUACUCAUCAUCUGGGUCGUGGCGAAGUGGUACACAUGA